UUAUGGUUUCUAAUGCCUUUUCCCCUCCUCAAUUAAUAUUUAUUUCCACCUUCAUCAGUCGUUUUGCGUACCCUUUUUUUUCUUCUUCUUUGAAAAUAAUUGAUUCUUUUUCUUAACAUUAAAGCAGCAGCUGGAGAAACUUUUCUGGAAGUUGGGUUGGAAAUAGCUAAAGAGGUCUUAACAGAGUAUCUGAAACCCUUCGAAACCAGAAGCUCCAAAGGGUCCCAAAGUGCCUCCAAAACUUUCUUGGGAAGAUAAGAAGAAUCCAUUGUUUGAAUACAACUAUACAAAGUCAAUAAAGGAGUGACAAUUAUGAACGAUUCCAAUUACUAAAGUAGUGGCUUCUUCUUGUAUGCCAUGGUGAGAGCUUCAGCUAUUAAAGGAUUUAAAGCUACAAUACAGGUAUACUGAUACAAACUACAAAGCAACUCAUUGUACUUCAUUUAGCACCUUUUGAGGGUUCCUAAGCUUUCAAGCAACAAAAUUUCGUUAGGAUAAGAGGUGAGUUAGAAGAAGUCUGUCAUCAAUGAAUCCAGCGGCUGCUGCUAACCAGAAAGAAGAGUUCAAAUUGAAGGACACAAAACCGCAGCUCGGGGAACGAUGGCCUCAUGGAGGAACACGCGGCGGAGGUGGUUGGAUUAGCAGUGAACGAGCAACAAGCACAUAUGACCUUGUUGAGCAGAUGUUUUAUCUUUAUGUCAGGGUUGUUAAAGCCAAAGAUUUGCCCACUAAUCCUGUUACCGGAACCAUCGAUCCUUAUGUCGAAGUGAAGCUGGGGAAUUAUAAAGGAAAAACACAGCAUUUCGAGAAGAAACCGAACCCGGAAUGGCACCAAGUGUUUGCAUUCUCCAAGGAGAAGAUACAGUCUUCAAUUCUAGAGGUGUUUGUAAGAGACAGAGAGAUGGUUGGCAGGGAUGAUUACAUAGGAAGGGUCAUCUUCGACAUGAAUGAAGUGCCUACAAGGGUUCCACCUGAUAGUCCUUUGGCACCACAAUGGUAUCGAUUAGAAGACCGUCGAGGGGAAAGCAAGGUGAGAGGGGAGGUUAUGCUUGCGGUGUGGAUGGGAACACAAGCAGAUGAAGCAUUUCCAGAUGCUUGGCAUACAGAUGCUAGCUCAGUUCAAGGAGAGGGCGUUUUCAACAUCCGAUCAAAGGUUUAUGUAUCUCCAAAACUAUGGUACCUUAGAGUGAACGUUAUUGAAGCUCAGGAUGUCGAGCCACAUGAUAAAAGCCAAUUACCACAGGCUUUUGUUAAGGCUCAAGUUGGAAAUCAAAUACUUAAAACCAAGGUAUGUCCUCAGAAGACACUGAAUCCCAUGUGGAAUGAAGAUUUGAUAUUCGUAGCAGCUGAGCCUUUCGAAGAGCAACUGUAUCUAACAGUUGAAAAUAAAGUCACCUCUGCAAAAGAUGAAGUUAUGGGGAGGAUAAUCUUGCCCCUCCACAUCUUUGAAAGGCGGUUGGAUCAUCGAGCGGUUCAUUCAAAAUGGUUCAAUCUUGAGAAGUUCGGAUUUGGUGCGCUGGAGGGAGACAAGAGGCAUGAACUCAAAUUUUCAAGUAGGAUUCACCUUAGAGUCUGUCUUGAAGGAGCUUACCAUGUGCUGGAUGAAUCAACCAUGUACAUAAGUGACCAAAGGCCAACUGCUAGGCAGCUUUGGAAGAACCCAAUUGGAAUCCUGGAGGUGGGCAUCUUAAGUGCUCAAGGGCUUCAACCAAUGAAGAACAAAGAAGGGAAAGGAAGCACAGAUGCUUACUGUGUGGCUAAAUACGGGCAGAAGUGGGUGCGAACCCGAACCAUAAUCGAAAGCUUAAAUCCUAAAUGGAAUGAGCAAUAUACAUGGGAGGUGUACGACCCUUGCACGGUGAUCACGUUGGGAGUUUUCGACAACAACCACUUGGGUGGCAGUGGAGGUAAAAAUGAUUCUCGAAUCGGCAAGGUAAGAAUUCGGCUAUCAACACUGGAAACAGAUAAGAUUUAUACCCACUCUUACCCUCUUCUCGUCCUACAACCAUCUGGAUUGAAGAAAAUGGGGGAGCUUCAGUUAGCAGUUAGAUUCACAUGCCUCUCUCUUGCAAAUAUGAUCUACCUCUAUUCGCAUCCCUUGCUACCAAAAAUGCAUUACUUGCAUCCUUUCACUGUAAACCAGUUAGACAGCCUAAGAUAUCAGGCCAUGAACAUUGUGGCGGUGAGGCUUGGCCGAGCGGAGCCACCGUUGAGGAAAGAGGUGGUGGAGUAUAUGUUGGAUGUGGAUUCCCACAUGUGGAGCAUGAGAAGAAGCAAAGCUAACUUCUUCAGGAUUGUAUCACUGUUUUCGGGUGUGAUCGCUAUGAGCAAGUGGCUUGGUGAGGUUUGCCAGUGGAAAAAUCCUAUCACCACAAUUCUAGUGCAUGUUUUGUUUUUCAUAUUGAUAUGCUACCCUGAAUUAAUCCUCCCCACCAUGUUCUUAUACAUGUUCCUUAUCGGGGUUUGGAAUUACCGAUACCGGCCGAGGCAUCCUCCUCACAUGGACACCAAGCUUUCAUGGGCAGAAGUAGCUCACCCCGACGAACUCGAUGAAGAGUUUGAUACUUUCCCGACAUCGAAAGCUCAAGAUGUAAUCAGGAUGAGAUAUGAUAGGCUUAGGAGUGUGGCAGGAAGAAUUCAAACAGUGGUGGGAGACAUGGCAACCCAGGGCGAGAGAUUUUUAGCUCUACUCAGUUGGAGAGACCCCAGGGCAACCAGCCUAUUUGUUCUAUUUUGCCUAGUUGCAGCAGUGGCACUGUAUGUGACACCAUUUAAGAUCAUGGCUUUGGUUGCAGGCUUGUAUUGGCUUCGCCAUCCCAGAUUCCGCAGCAAACUACCAUCGGUACCCAGCAAUUUCUUCCGGAGAUUGCCCUCUCGAGCUGAUAGCAUGCUUUGAAAAUUGUUACCAUUAUACUCUUCUCUUUUUUUACUCUCUUUCGGAUUUCUUUCAUUGUCUUUCCAAUAAAGUUAAAUUAAGAGGCUAUGUUCUACUGGA